UUGAGUAACUUGAGGACAUCCAGUCUGCAAGUCUCGGUAUGCUUUACAAUGCUUUAUUAUCACUAACGGCAUUUAUGUUUUGUCUUAGUCUUUUCCUGGUGCAUAGAGCCAGAGUUUUAGAAAAUGAUUUUCGAAAACUCCAAGGGGAUUUAAUUCAACAACUAAAUCAGCCACGAUCUGAGGGAGUCAAUGGGAAAAUGGCCAAGAUGUCUAAAACAAGGGAGGACAUUAAGCCAAGUACUUUCCAAAAAACUCAGAGUUCUCUGAAGAUGUCUUCUAGGAGAGUAAAACGGGAACAGGGCAGUUGCAGAGCUCCACCAUCAUUCCUGCAGUUAACUGCUAAUACUAACACACAGCCAGAUAUAAAAGGAAAUAUAACAGUGAUCCCUUGGACUGUUUCUGCGCAGCAAGGAAAUGCGAUUUCACAAAAGGAAAACAGAAUUGUUGUCCAAGAAGAUGGUUAUUACUUGGUGUUUGGACAAGUAUUGUGUCACUGUAUCUCAAGCAUAACUAAGUUGAUAUUACAUCUGAUUUGUUCCAGCUUUUCAGGAAAUGUUCUGCUUAAUUCACAGGUUUUGUUCAAAAGCCCAAGCACAGUUAUGGGUCAUAUUAUUCGAAGUUGGGGCUCCACUAAUGCAGAUGCGAGGUCAACAGAGCUCUUGCGCUGCCUGCAAGAGAUGCCUGAUGCAACACCUGCCAACACAUGCUACACUGCAGGUAUUGUGCAGCUGCAUCAGGAUGAUGAGCUAGAACUGGUGAUCCCAGACAGGCCCCAAGCCGUCAUCUCAAUGGACACAGACUCAACCUUUUUUGGUGUCAUAAAGCUAAACUGAAGAGACAGAAUGAAGACGAUAACUGUGCAGCUCAUUGUUGCAGGAACUGGGAAGCUGACACUGAGCUGUGUGAGGGGAUGCUGAUAAAGGAAUGAGGGACAGCAGCAGGAAGACUGUUGGAACCUGUUACUAAUCUCAGGAAAACACAUCAUUAGCUUCUUAAAUGAACUGCCCAUCUCAUCUGUCAGUUUGUUUUAAGACAGUUACUUUUAAAAAAUUUUAGCAUCAAAGUGUGUCUUUCAGGUAGUCCACCUGGGCCUGUCCCUUUGCAUUGUUUAUGUGUGCUACCACCUCCUUUCAUCAGUCUAUUUUUACACGUCUCUUUAUACCUUGCUGGGCUGCUUCCCUUCAUCUCCACCUACACGCAGCCUGUUUAUUUGUUCCCCUGGUUUAUUUUUGAAUGGUUUCCGUUUUCCUAAGAUUAUGUCAGGAACAAAGAAAGGUAUAAAUUUAUAUUGCUCAGGAGGUGUUUUCCUGGUUGACACGCAACUCCUCAGUACUGUAAAUGCUUUAAUAUAUCAUGAUGAAAUCAAAGUUGUAAUAAACGGGAUAGUAUGUCUCAAUGCAAACACAUUCAUACUUGGUAUUUCAGUUUCUAACUAAUUUUAAUGUGUUUAUCUAUGUAAUAGAAUUCAUUUAACACAGAAAUACGACCAACUUUGUCUAAAAGACAAAGUUUUUAUCCAAGUUAGAAGGUCGUUUUCUAAAGCUUUAUAGUAAGUGAUGUACAAGUGGUCAAGUCUUUAUUGUCUAAAUAUAGUAUCCACAGUGUCCAUCUGGUGUCCACAGCUGUUUUCUCUCUCCCCCCCUUUUU